AGCCCAGCCCGUCAGCUCGCCCCGCCUGCUGACCGAGGGCACAACCGCUCCUCGCGGAGCUACACCAGCCAGGAGCCCACCAUUUUGCUGCGCGCUGCCAUACCCCCUCCCGUUACUAACAGGCCGGGGCUCGCCGCCGCUGCCCAGGCCUCCCGCCCAGGCUCAGCGCGGCCGUUAAACCCGCGCGGCCCGGGGACCCGCCGCAGCGGCCCGCACGGGAAGCAAAAGCGAACACACGGGCAAAGCCCGGCGGGAGUGCCCACCCCAUCACGGCGGCCGGGCCCAGGACGGCCCCCGCCACCCCCCGCCCUCCCGCGCCGCGCCACCGCCCCGCCCGUCGCGGCUGUGACGGCAGCGCCGCGCGCCGGGCUGCGGGAGUUGGCGCGAAGGCGGGAGGCAUGGGGCCGCGGGCGCCGCGCUAGCGAGAUACACCGCCGUGGCAGCAUGGAUAUCCGGAAAUUCUUUGGCGUUGUACCUCCUGGAAAGCGACAAGAAUGUGAGACUCUGAAAAAGAGUGAAAAAAUUAAAAAUGGUGAAGGACCUUCCAGUGGGAAGAAAAGGGAAAAAGAGUCUAAGGUAAAUAAUUCAUCCAGUGAAGAUGAUUCCAAACGAAAGCGGACAAACAAGAAAAAAAGAAUAAUCUACGAUUCAGAUUCAGAAGAGGAGAUACAGCCAGUAAAAAAACCCAAGCAGACAUCUGAGAAAAAACCAGCUCCUUCAAAACUUGGUAAAGUUCGAAAGCGGGAUCCUGUUGCUUACAUUUCAGAAACAGAUGAAGAAGAUGACUUUGUCAAGAAAAGAAUUUCAGUGAAACCAAAGGAGAAUGGGAUGUCAGCAGUUGGUUGUCAAGGAACAGCUGCAGUGAAAAAGGAAGAUGUAAAACCACAAGCUAAAAUCAAACCAUUAUCUUCAGUGAAACAGACUCCUACCUCAGCACUUGAUUACUUUGGGACAAGUAGUGUCCAGCGAUCAGAAAAGAAACUGGUAGCAAGUAAAAGGAAAGAACCUUCACAAAGCAGUGACAGCACAUUAGAUGAUGAGGCCAUUGCUAGGCAACUGCAGCUUGAAGAAGAUUCAGAGCUGGAGAGACAGCUGCAUGAAGAUGAAGAAUUUGCUAAAACUUUGGCCAUGUUGGAUGAAACACCACAGAAGAAGAAGGCUCGGAAAGAUUCAGGAGGAGAGCAAACAGUGCUGAGCGUCAAGAGCAGUCCUAACAUGACAGAAAGAUAUAAGCAGUCAGAAGGAGUGAAAUCAACAAACUCAACAGGUGAAGCAAAGAAUUACACUGCGAAGCAGCAAACUAAAUCUGAACAUUCAAAAGGCCCUCAUGUAUCCUCCCAAUCACCGGGUGGUAAAACAGCAAAAGAGUUGAUGAAUAAGACCUCGCCUUUGAAACCUAGUUCUAGGCUUGUGUCUCUGAAACAAAAAGAAGAGAUUGCUGAAAAGGAAAGAGGUGCUCAAAGUUUGGUAUCUAAAGAAAAAAAUACUCGAGGGAAAGAAAAGACAACACCAAAGAAGGAGAAAAUUUCUCCCAAGAAGACUGAGUCUGUAAGUCCUGAGGACUCUGAAAAGAAGCGAAUUAAUUAUCAAGCCUACCGAAGCUUCCUUAAUCGUGAGGGUCCAAAAGCGCUGGGGUCCAAAGAAAUACCUCGGGGUGCUGAAAACUGCUUGGAAGGCCUGACAUUCGUAAUUACAGGUGUUCUGGAGUGUAUUGAAAGAGAUGAGGCCAAGUCUCUGAUUGAACGUUAUGGAGGAAAAGUAACUGGUAAUGUCAGCAAGAAGACAAACUAUCUGGUUAUGGGGCGAGACUGUGGCCAGUCUAAAUGUGAGAAGGCAUCAACUUUAGGGACAAAAGUUAUUGAUGAAGAUGGCCUGUUUGAUCUUAUUCGAACUAUGCCAGGCAAAAAGUCCAAAUAUGAGCUGGCAGCUGAAACAGAGGCAAAAAAAGCAGCACCUGUAAAGACACCACAGAAAGCAGAAGCUGGAAAAAGGAAUUUUAGCCCUCUCAAGAGAGAAGCUGAUAAUAAAAAAUGCAGGUCUACUCCUCAAAAAGGAGAUACUGUCAAAUCGGCCAAGAAAGAAACGGUUGCUGUUCGAAAGCUUAUGGAUUUUAAACGGCAGACUGUAGAGGAGAAAGAAGCCUCAAAACCUAAGGGGAACUUGGUUUCUGAGAUAAAUGAAGACAAAACAGAGAAAUUGCUAUGGGUAGAUAAAUACAAGCCUGUAUCUCUUAAGGCAAUAAUUGGACAGCAGGGUGAGCAAAGCUGUGCCAAUAAACUCCUCCGAUGGCUCAGAAAUUGGCACAAGAAUACCUCAGAAGAUGGACAAGCAAAGACCAAUAAAACUGGAGGCAAAGAUGAUGCUACUGGUUUUAAAGCAGCAUUACUUUCUGGUCCGCCCGGAGUUGGUAAAACUACUACAGCUUCUUUGGUUUGUAAGGAGCUGGGGUACAGCUAUGUGGAGCUGAAUGCUAGUGACACUCGCAGUAAGAACAGUCUGAAGGAAGUAGUUGCCGAAUCGCUUAACAACACCAGCAUCAAAGACUUCUGUUCUGGCACAUCCUCAUCAGUUAGCGGGAAACAUGUAUUGAUCAUGGAUGAAGUGGAUGGUAUGGCAGGCAAUGAAGACAGAGGAGGGAUUCAGGAGUUGAUUGGUUUGAUUAGACACACAAAGAUACCAAUCAUCUGUAUGUGUAACGAUCGCAACCAUCCUAAAAUUCGUUCCUUGGUCCACUACUGUUUUGAUCUUCGUUUUCAGAGACCUCGUCUAGAACAGAUUAAGGGUGCCAUGAUGUCUAUUGCAUUUAAAGAAGGUUUAAAAAUUCCACCACCUGCUAUGCAAGAGAUAAUCCUGGCAGCAAAUCAGGACAUCAGACAGGUUUUACAUAAUCUUAACAUGUGGUGUGCAAAAGAUAAAUCACUGACGUAUGAUGAGGCUAAAACAGAUGCCAGCAGAGCCAAAAAGGAUAUCAAACUGGGCCCUUUUGAUGUUGUCCGGAAGGUUUUUGCUGCUGGAGAGGAGGUUGCUCGUAUGUCUCUUACAGACAAAUUGGAUCUUUUCUUCCAUGAUUAUUCCCUAGCGCCUCUCUUUGUCCAGGAGAACUAUGUACAUGUGAAACCAGCUGCCGCUGGAGGAAAUCUGAAAAAGUACUUGAUGCUCCUGAGUAGAGCAGCUGAUAGUAUAUGUGAUGGUGAUAUUGUGGACAAACAGGUUCGUAGCAAGCAAAACUGGAAUCUUCUUCCAACACAGGGUAUUUAUGCAAGCGUCCUCCCAGGGGAGCUGAUGAGAGGUCACAUGACCCAGUUUCCUGUCUUUCCCAGCUGGCUGGGGAAAUUUUCAUCCACAGGCAAACACGAUCGUAUUGUUCAAGAACUGGCAAUGCACAUGAGCCUCAGAACCCAGACAGGCAAGAGGACAGUAAAUAUGGAGUAUUUGCCGUACUUGCGAGACGCGCUUGUCCAGCCCUUGAAAGACUUUGGAGCAGAUGGUGUACAAGAAGCUGUAACAUUUAUGGACUCUUACUGCUUGGUGAAAGAAGAUGUUGAAAAUAUCAUGGAAAUAAGCACAUGGGGAGGCAAACCCAGUCCUUUUUCAAAGCUGGAUCCCAAGGUCAAAGCAGCUUUUACACGUGCCUACAACAAGGAGGCACAUCUGACUCCAUAUUCACUUAAUUCUGUCAAGAUAUCUAAAAGGCAGUCGGGGUCUGCAUCAGCCUUGGGACUGAAUGAAGAACUGAAUGUGGAAGAGAUCCAGUCUGAUGAGGAUGAGAAAGAUACUGUUGAAAGUGACGCAAUGAUUAAGAAAAAAACCCCUAAGUCUUCCAAGCUGCCAAAAAGAGAGAAAAAUGAAGAAACAACAAAAAAAGAAGGGAAGAGAAAAGAGAAAACAAGACAUUAAGCAGAAUAAAAUCUUGCUCUGGAUGUAGCUUUGCUUAUCUAACUUUUGGCAGAAACAUGAAACAGAUCCAUUGCUGGAGCUGGGAAAGUAGAACCAGUGUGUUGAAAAUGCUCCUCUUAUAGAGGUGAUGUAGCUACUGUACUCUCACACUAUGCCGUGCUGUACUUACUCUUAACGUGCUACAACCUAUAAAUACCCUUGUGCAACAAACACCAGGGUGCAUGAAACAUGAUGAAAAUAGGGUGUUAGUUACCUGAUGUUUAUGCAAAGUCUUCCUAGGACCCCGUUACUCUCUUUUUUUUUUUUAAAUAAAUCCCCUGACGUUAUGUGGUGAACUCUUGUAAAUACUACAUGAUGCAAAAAAGACCCCAAACCUAAAUUGCAUAUUUGUACAUUAUAGAAAUUAAGUGGUAUAUCAGAUAACAAUAAAACGUUUCACAGGA